UUAUAAGUUGGAAAAUAUAGAAAGUAGAAACUCAAAGAUAGCAAAUACAGAAUUGCAAGAAAGCAGUGGGAGAGUGAUCAUCAUCUUCCUCCCCUCUCCCUCUCCCUCUCCCUCCCUCCAUGAUCUCUCUCUCUCUCUCGCUCCUCUCGGACCUCCCCCGAUCGUUUCCCUGAGAGAAGGAUCGAUCGUACAAAGCUAAGCAGCUCCCAAUUAAUUAAUAUAUAGCUUCCCCUGCCUCUGCCUCCUAGUAGGCUAGGCUAGCUUUUGACCACGAUGGAUGCGUUACCGUCUCCGUCGUCGUCGUCGUCGUCGCCGUCGACGUUAAAGAAGGUGGGGAGCGAACGGUCCGAGGUGAGCACGAUGAGCGGAUUACUGGGAGGAGGAGGAGGUGGAGGAGGAGGAGGAGGAGAAGAUCAGAGAGGGUCCUCCACAUUUGAAUAUUUUGGUUGGGUUUAUCAUUUGGGCGUCAACUCCAUCGGCCACGAGUAUUGUCACCUCCGCUUCCUCUUCAUCCGCGGCAAGUAUGUCGAGAUGUACAAGCGUGACCCUCACGAGAAUCCCGGCAUUAAACCCAUUCGGAGGGGCGUUGUUGGGCCUACACUUAUGCUGGAGGAGGUUGGGCGUCGAAAGGUCUACUAUGGGGAUGUUUACGUUCUACGGUUUUUCAAUCGAUUGGAUGAAUCAAAGAAGGGAGAAAUUGCUUGUGCUACGGCUGGAGAAGCCCAAAAAUGGCUGGAGGCCUUUGAUCAAGCCAAGCAACAGGCUGAGUUCGAGCUGACAAGAGGAGGUAGUGCCAGAAACAAACUGAACAUGGAGACCGAGCUCAAUCUCGAUGUCCAUCGACCUAGAGUAAGGCGCUAUGCAAGUGGAUUGAAAAAGCUGAUAAGAAUUGGACAAGGACCAGAGACGCUUUUGUGCCAGUCCUCAAGCUUGGGUGCAAAUGGUAGUACAGAUGGAUACUUCGAAAGAGAUAUUAAUGAUGCAAUUGAAGCUUAUGAGUGGAAAUGCGUGCGAACAAUUAAUGGUGUUAGAAUAUUUGAAGAUGUUGCUAACUCUGAGAGUGGUAAAGGUGUUAUUGUCAAGGCUGUUGCUGUCAUCGAUGCAAGUGCAGAUACUGCUUUCGAAGUGCUUUUAAACCUUGAGCGACAUCAGAGAUAUGAGUGGGAUAUGCUGACAGGUGACUUGGAGUUGUUAGAUUCUUAUGAUGGGCACCUGGAUGUUGUCUAUGGGACAUUUGAUCCUAGGUAUCUUACUCGGUGGCAUUCGAAAAGAGAUUUUAUCUUUUCUAGGCAAUGGUUUUGCGGACAAGACGGAACAUAUACAAUCUUGCAUUUCCCAGCUGUUCAUAAGAAGAAGCCUCCAAUAUCUGGAUAUCGUCGUACAAAAAUAAAUCCAUCUACUUGGGAGAUUAGAAAUUUGAACACAUCCAUGGGUUCAAAUACUCCAAGAUGUCUUGUCACUCAAAUGUUAGAGAUAAAUUCUGCGGGCUGGUGCAGAUGGAAGAAAAAUCACUGCUCAAAGUUUGAAAAGAGUGUACCUUAUGCAUUAUUGUGCCAAGUGGGAGGUCUUAAGGAAUAUAUUGGAGCAAAUCCUGCACUCAAAUUUGAAUCUUCUACUACAGUUAUCCAAUCAAAACUAUCUGAAGUUUCCGUUUCCAAUGCUGAAUUUGAGGAGUCAGAAGUCAAGGAUGAGUUUUAUGAUGCAAUGUCUGCGGACUCUUCAUCUUCUGACGAAGAACUUGACAACAAGGAUUCAAAAUUGAACUUGGCCUUGAAGCGAACCUCAGCUGCAGAUGCUAAUAAGGAACUGGAUUCUGAAGUGGCUCCUGUCAUGAUUGAUCCAAGCCAAUGCCAUGGUUCAUUGCGCAAUGGGAAGGAUGAGGGUGACACAAAUUGUUGGACAUGUCCAAGCGGUACGGGAUUUAUGAUCAGGGGAAAGAACUACCUUAAGGACAAUUCCAAGGUAAUGGGAGGAGAUCCCCUUCUCAAGCUCAUAGCAGUAGAUUGGUUCAAAGUUGAUAAAAGCUUAGAUAGGAUUGCACUCCAUCCACGGAGUCCUCUUCAGUCACAGGCUGGAAAGAAGCUUCCAUUUGUACUUGUCAUUAAUCUCCAGGUUCCCGCAAAACCAAACUAUAGUUUGGCACUUUACUAUGCUUCUGACAGACCUGCAAAGCCAGGUUCUUUGUUUGCUCAAUUUGUGGAUGGGAGUGACAUGUUUCGUGAUGCACGAUUUAAGUUAAUUCCUAGUAUCGUUGAGGGAUAUUGGAUGGUCAAGCGUGCUGUUGGAACAAAAGCUUGCCUAUUGGGGAAAGCUGUGACUUGCAAAUAUUUCAGACAAGACAACUUUCUAGAGAUUGAUGUGGAUAUUGGAUCAUCAUCUGUAGCAAGGAGUGUCAUCGGACUUGUCCUAGGAUAUGUCACGAGCAUAGUGGUUGACCUUGCCAUUUUGAUAGAGGCAAAAGAGGAGGCGGAGUUGCCCGAGUACAUUCUUGGGACUGUUCGACUAAAUCGUUUGAAGCUCGACUCUGCUGUCCGUUUGGAGGUUUGAUGUUGUAUCAACAUUCUUUAGUCAUUUUUACGACCUUUGUCAUGAGCUAUUGCUUCAACGGGGUUGUUUUCUUUUUCCUCAUUUUUUUGUAAGAGUCACCGGGAUUUUGGUCUACUGUAGAAUGAAACAAUAAUUGACUGUUAUCACAUGAAAUAUGAAGUAAUACAAAGAUGGAAGACCAUUUCUUCCACUUGUUUUCUUUAUCCAAA